GUCACGACGACUUCAUCCCCUUUGAUGGCAAGGACUUUGGUAGAGACGCUCACUUCGACGGGGACAAAACCUGGACGAAACGCACAGAGGGUACGAACCUGUUUUAUGUUGCUGCCCAUGAGUUUGGCCAUUCACUGGGACUUUUCCAUUGCAAAGACCCCAAUGCUCUGAUGUACCCAGUGUAUAGGAAAUUUGACCCUUCAGUAUUCCCUCUUCAUCAGGAUGAUAUUAAUGGCAUUCAGUACCUCUAUGGGCCAUCUUCUAACACCCACAAUGACCAAAGGGAAUCUACUGAGAUAAAAGACGCAACUGAGUCAAAAGAUCCUGCACUGCCAAACACCUGUGGUCCUGAUUUAACUUUUGAUGCUGUCACCACUUUCCGUGGAGAAAUAAUGUUCUUUAAAGACAAGCAUUUUUGGCGCAAGCAUCCUGCAGUCAGAACAGCUGAUUUUAAUUUAGUAUCUUCGUUCUGGCCAUGGCUGCCACCUGGUGUUGAUGCUGCAUAUGAAAUUCCUGAAAAAGACAAAACUGUCAUUUUUAAAGGGAAUGAAUUCUGGGUUGUGAGAGGAGAUACUAUAGUUCCUGGAUACCCCAAAAAAAUCUACACUGGAUUUUCAAAGGAUUUUACCAAAAUCAAUGCUGCUUUUUAUAAUGGAAAUGAGGGGAAAACAUAUUACUUCACAGUGGACAAAUCUUGGAGUUAUGAUAAAAGAAGUCAGUCUAUGGACAGGAAGCCCAUACUGAUAAGACAUGCAUUUCCAGGAGUUAAUGGGAAGAUGGAUGCUGUUUUUCAACAUGAAAGUCUUCUUUUUUUCUUCCGUGGAAGAAAGCAAUUUGAGUUUGACCCUGAUAAGAAAAGAGUUACACACCUCCUAAAGACAAACUUCUGGUUUCCAUGUUAA